CCCAGUUAACUUCCUUGGGCCUACUGGAUCGCAGCGAAGAAAUGGUCCUGCAAGAAAACUGAGUCGCGCUUACCAAUCCAUGGCUUCAGGCUUGUAUUUGGAGGUGAAGUCGAGUUGCAACUUCCUACGAGACACCUCCUAGAUCGCUCUGGAGUCUGGAGUCUGGACCGAGGGCCACAACUACUCUCAUAAAUCAUCAGAUUUCAUAUAUAGUUUCUUCAUCAUCCAGUUCAGCCCCCAAGCGCAGAAGAUACAAUACUCUAGCAGCACCAAUGUCAGAGAAGAAAUAAUAUGUCCCCAAAACUACUUCUCAGUGUUGCACUAGUCAUGCUGCAUCUAGCGUCUAUAUCUGCGCAGCCUAACCCUUGGUGCAAAAAACAAUGUGGUGAUGUCAAAAUCCCUUAUCCGUUUGGCAUUGGCACUGGAUGUGCUAUUGGUGAAGGCUUUGAGAUCAUUUGCAACAGGAAUGCUGAUGGAAUUGACCAGCCAUUCACCGGUAACAUCGAAGUUCUAGACAUCUCAGUGGUUUACGGUCGAAGCCGAGUAUUAGGCUCCAUCACCACAAACUGCUACAACUCCAGUACAGGAUCAGCGAAUGUCAAUUCCUGGUGGAUGGAUUUAUCAACAUCGCCAUACCGUUUCUCUGAUGCGUACAACACGUUUGUAGUCAUUGGGUGCAAUACGCUCGCAUAUAUCUACAACGGACUGAACAGAACAUCAUAUACAACUGCAUGUGCAUCAGUGUGCGGAGGACCAGAAGACCUGACAAAUGGUUCAUGCCUCGGAGUGGGCUGCUGCCAAAAUGCCAAUGCCAUACCCAAGGGUUUAACUCGCCAAGAUAUCUAUUUGUAUACUAUUUACAAUACUUCAGAAUCAGAUAGUUGGAAGUUCAACCCAUGCAGCUAUGCUGCACUGGUAGAAACAGAGUCAUUUAGUUUCAGCACAGAGUACAUAACUACCAUGAGGUUCAAUGAUACCUAUGAGGGGCAGCAGCCGCUAGUGCUGGACUGGGCAAUAGGAGAUGUGUCUUGCGAGGUGGCGAAAAACAUGACUUCAUAUGCAUGCCAUAGUGGGAAUAGUAUUUGUGUGGAUUCGAAAAACGGCCCAGGGUAUCUCUGCAACUGCUCAGAAGGGUAUCAAGGAAACCCUUACCUCCCUGAUGGAUGCACAGAUGUCAAUGAAUGCGAGCAGAAUCCAAGUCCAUGCACAAAGGGUGAAACUUGUCGCAAUACAAUAGGAUGGUACUAUUGUUCUCGGCCUUCUUGCCCUCUGGGAAGAAAGUUGGCAAGGGAAACAAACACAUGCAACCCAGACAUCAACCUUAUCAUAGGUAUCUGUAUUGGCUCUGUUGCUCUAGUGAUCACCAUUUUCUUCAUGCGUUUGAUGUUUGAGCGAAGAAAGCUUACAGAUGUCAAGAAAAAAUAUUUUCAGCAACACGGAGGACUGAUAUUAUUUGAUAAGAUGAAAUCGGAUCAGGGACUUGCAUUUAAGGUGUUCACUCAAGCCGAACUAGAACAUGCAACAAAUAAGUUUGAGAAAAGCCAGAUUCUUGGACAUGGAGGACAUGGCACCGUGUACAAGGGUAUAACAAAGGAUAACAUUACAGUGGCAGUUAAAAAAUGUGCAUUGAUUGAUGAUAGGCAUAAGAAGGAAUUUGGUAAAGAAAUGUUAAUCCUUUCACAGAUCAACCACAAGAACAUUGUUAAGCUGCUGGGUUGCUGCCUUGAGGUGGAUAUCCCAAUGCUAGUGUAUGAGUUCAUCCCAAAUGGAACAUUAUUUGAUCUUAUUCAUGGCAAGAACCGUACGUUUCAUAUCCCUUUUAGUUCUCUCCUAAGAAUCGUCAAUGAAGCAGCUGAAGGGCUUGCAUUUUUACAUUCCUAUGCAAACCCACCAAUUUUGCAUGGCGAUGUGAAAACCUCUAACAUCCUUCUUGAUGAGAACUACAUGGCAAAGGUGUCAGAUUUUGGAGCCUCCAUAUUAGCACUAAGUGAUGAAGACCAAUUUGUGACAAUGGUUCAAGGGACAUGUGGCUAUCUAGAUCCGGAAUAUCUGCAAACAUGCCGAUUGACAGACAAGAGCGAUGUUUACAGCUUUGGUGUGGUCCUUUUGGAGGUCAUGACUGGGCAGAUGCCAUUGAAAUUUGAAGGUCCUGAGAUUCAGAAAAGCUUGUCAUCAAGUUUCCUACUGGCAAUGAAGGAGAAUAAUCUUGAGGCCAUGUUGGACAGUCAAAUUAAAGAUCAUGAGAGCAUGGAACUGCUAAGUGGGCUUGCAGACAUAGCUAAGAAAUGCUUAGACAUGUGCAGUGACAAUAGGCCAUCAAUGAAAGAGGUAUCUGAGGAGCUUAGCAGACUACGAAAAUUUUCAAAACACCCUUGGAUACAACGUGAUACUGAGAUAGAGAGCUUUCUCAGUGGACCAUCAACUAGUAACCUAGAAACUGAGCACAGCUAUCUCAGUGGACCAUCAACCAGUAACUUUGAAAUCGAGCACAACACCGAGUAUAGAAGGAAGGAUGAAGAAAUGCCCAUAAACCCAAGCACUUCAUACUUUAUCCGGUGAAAACAAAUUGUUACAAGAUUGUACUCAAGCAUUUCCACUUUCGUCCUUAACCUUAUUCUGUCCAGUUCGCUGGUGAUGUUUUAUAUUGCAAUUAGGAAUAACUUCUGUUUGGUUGCAUAAUUUGUCACUGUAUAUGCUUAUGAUAGUUGACCAUGAUUAAAUCUAUAGUGAAGUAACUAUUAUGCUAUAUACUUUUUUUUAAAAAAAAGUAUAAUGCUAUAUGAAAUAAGUCAGUGUCAGGACAUAUUUGUGGCCAAAACAUAACUCUAUUUAGUAUGUAACUCAUGUUAAUGUUCCUCUAAACAACUUCCUAAAAAUUCUUGAACA